AUGAAUACAGAUCUGCUAGAAUGUAAGAAAAAAGCGAUGGAAUUCCUUAAAUCGGAAAACCCGCCAUGCCAUGUGAACGGCAGAAAGAAGGGCUAUAUACGAGUUAUGAACGAUCUGUGGGACAAGAAAGGAUACGAACAUCUUGGAUUGAAGAGCCAAAACCUGCGAGAUCAAGCCGCUAGGCUUGAGAAAAUUAACGCUACAGCUGAGACUCGUCCUAUCGGUAAGGUAAGCGGCGGAGCGGUUAUCGAUGACGAAAGAGAGCAGACAUUAGAUGAAAACCAGAGAAGGCACAACACGAUUUCACAACAUGAAUUUAGCAAUUUUGAAAAUCAAAACACCAUUAGUCAAAAUGCAAAUUUGGAGGUAAACAGCAAUCUGGAUUUGCAUACAGACAAUGAUAUUGUCCAAAAUAGUCACGAACGGCAAGAAACCGAAGCUGUAGAGAGCUUUGAAGUGGCCAAUGACUGUCCUGGUGAACCACACGCCGGCAUACAUGAAGCAGGACGUUUACCCGACUAUGUUGCUGUUGAUAUACCAUCGAUUACCAUCUGGGGACGCAGAGAGGACGGCUCAAUAAUUACGGUCAACUCGUCAACCAUAGUUAAUGCAUACGAUGAAAUUACGCGAUGGCGUAAAAAUGCCUUUCUCGUCCCGUAUGGCAAAGUUGGGCGAGACUUUAUCGACCAGCUAACACAACAUAUAAACGAUUGGAACAACGCAUCGCAAACACAACACAUAGCGCUGAAAGCUGCAAUUGUUCUCUUGGCAACGGCACUGCAAAAGCCAAGCGUAAAAUCGAAGGCAAAAGAUCACGAAGAGUGCUUGGAAAAACGACUAGCGCUAUGGAAAGAAGGAGCAGUCGAGAGCUUACUUUGUGAAGGCCGGUCCAUUCAAAAGCGUCUAGCAAAGGCUAAAAGGACGGAGCCUCCAAAUAAAGCAAAGAUAUUUGCCAAGUUGGUCAUGGAAGGUCAGAUCAAUUCUGCUUUGAGAUAUCUCAGUGAGGCUGAUUGUGAUGGAGUGUUGCCUUUGACUGACGACGUGAUGAGACAGCUUCAGGAGAAACACCCUGAGGCACAAGAGGCCAAACUUGGCUCAUUACUCUUCGGGCCAUUUGAGGAAGUGCACGAUUCGUUAUAUCAGCAGAUCAAUGGCGAAAUGAUACGCGAGACAGCAUUGCGAACCAAGGGCUCCGGCGGCCCUUCAGGAGUGGAUGCAAAUGGAUUCAAGCGUAUUUUCGCAUGUAAAUCGUUUAAGAAAUCAGGCGUGAACUUGUGUGAGGCAGUAGCAACAAUGACCCGGCGGCUAUGUACGAAAUACAUUGACCCGAGAACUAUCGAGCCUAUAUUAGCCAACAGGCUUAUACCUCUUGACAAAGGCGAGGGUGCAGUUUGUCCAAUUGGCGUCGGGGAAGUUAUCAGGAGGAUUGUCGGGAAAUGUGUUAUGAAAGUGAUUAAGCCCGACGUGAUUGAUGCCAGUGGCUCGCUACAGGUGUGCGCAGGUUUUAAGAGCGGAAGUGAGGCAGCUAUUCAUGCGAUGCACUCCAUAUUUGAAGCAGACGAGACAGAUGCCGUACUUCUGAUUGAUGCCUCAAACGCAUUCAACGCACUCAAUCGAGCGGCUGCACUCCACAACAUAACAGUUCUGUGUCCAUCUAUGUCAACUUACGCAAUUAACACCUAUCGCGAACCAGCUAGACUAUUUAUAUCUGGUGGAGGAGAGAUCAAGUCCACCGAGGGUACCACACAAGGAGAUCCCCUGGCCAUGGGGAUGUAUGCCAUCAGUCUUCAACCCCUGAUCACCGGAUUGAAUGUGUCAAGCAAUGUUAAGCAAUGUUGGUUUGCUGACGACGCAAGUGGCGCGGGAUUUCUGGAAGAUAUCAAGCGAUGGUGGGAACACCUGAAUGAAGCUGGCCCUAAUUUGGGAUACUUUCCAAAUGCUAAGAAAUGCUGGCUGAUCAUAAAGCCUGGAAAAGAAGAAAGUGCUCAUGCUAUUUUUGAUGGGACAGCGAUCAAUAUCUCUGCGCAGGGGCAAAAGCAUUUGGGCGCAGCCUUGGGUUCUAUGGCUUUCCUGUAAGAAUACGUCAACUGCAAGGUAGAGGACUGGGUUAGCCAAAUCGUCAAGCUAGCUGAAUUCGCAGCGUCACACCCACAAGCCUGCUAUGCCGCCUUCACCUUUGGCCUCCGCCAUCGAUGGACGUAUUUUCUUAGAACACUUCCAGAUAUAGAAGAUUUGCUGAAGCCCUUGGAGCGUGCUAUUGCUGAUGUCCUGAUACCAUCAAUUACGGAUCAUCACUGUACAAAGAGUGAAAGGGAUCUCCUGACACUCCCAGUACGAAUGGGCGGUAUUGGCCUUAUAAAUCCUAGACAAGAUGCAGCACUGCAGUACCAAACGUCGAUAAAGACCACAGCGCCACUGGUAGAGAAAAUUAUCGCACAAGCCUACGAAAUUCCAGAUGACUCUGUUAUUCACACACUGCAGCAGAAUGCGCGAAAUGAAAAGAACGAAGUACUUCAGGCUAAACGGGAUGGUAUUAAGAACUCUCUACCCCCGAAAACACGGCGUGCUAUGGAACUAGCAACUGAAAAAGGUGCAUCCAACUGUCUAACAGUUAUCCCCAUUAAGGAAAUGGACUACAAUCUGAACCACGCCCGUUUCGAGACGCAGUAAAUCAGAGAUAUGAGUGAAAAAUUGCUGAUAAGCCAUCAGUAUGUGUGUGUGGCGAUACUUUCAAUAUUGAUCACGCAAUGAUCUGCAAGCGAGGUGGGUUCAUCAUACAGCGCCACAACGAGCUGCGGGAUCUUGAGGCUGAUAUGCUUAACAUCGUCUGUAAUGAUGUCGAGGUUGAACCCGUUCUUCAAGAGUUAACUGCCGAGGUUUUACCAAGAGAAGCAAAUACACUGCAUCCGACGCUCGCCUAGAUAUCCACGCUCGAGGGUUUUGGGAGAAACAAAGGUCCGCGUUCUUUGACGUUAGGGUUUGUCACCCCAACGCGGAAUCCUACAAAGACCUGAGCCCUCAACAGAUAUACAGGCAACAUGAAAACGAGAAGAAGAGGAUGUAUGCCAAAAGAGUGAUGGAGAUAGAACACGGAACUUUUACACCAUUAGUAUUUACAACGACCGGAGGCAUGAGUGAAGAGUGCAAGAGGUAUCAUAGCAGAUUGGCCGAGCUCAUAGCAGCGAAGAAAGGCGAAGACUACUCUACGACCAUGUCCUGAAUACGAGCCAAGGUCUCCUUUGCCAUCUUGCGGUCAGCUCUACUUUGUCUCAGAGGGACUAGAGCACCCAGGAGGAUAACAACGAACGUUCAAGAAACGGACUUCGAAGUAGACAAUUCUCGUGCCAAAAUUUAGGCUUAGACUUUUACCAUAAAUUAACUGCUUACUAUAACAUAUACUAUAACAUACUACAACAAUUUAGAUUUUAUAAAUUAUUAUUAUUAUUAUUAUUAUUAUUAUUAUUAUUAUUAUUAUUAUUAUUAUUAUUAUUAUUAUUAUUAUUAUUAUUAUUAUUAUUAUUAUUAUUAUUAUUAUUAUUAUUAUUAUUAUUAUUAUGAUUUGAUUUCCACAUGUCGAAUGAUAAUCACAAAACUGAACUAACCACCCUACUUAAUGAACUAAUGUAUGAUAUUGACUCAAAGCCACUACACCCCAAAAAUAAACUGCUCCUCUACAGUCGCUACGUCUUGUCCAAGUUAGCCUGGCACUUCACCGUCGCAACACUCUCUAAAACAUGGGUUACUGAAAAUAUCGACUCUAUUGCCAACAAAUAUAUCCGCAGAUGGCUUGAAGUACCAAUAUCAGGAACACUAAGUACUGUCUUUCUAACAAAUAACAAAUUUGGCCUGAGUAUUUAUCCUCCAUCUGUAAAAUUUAUCCAGUGUCAAACAGUCCUCCGAAAAGCUUUAAAAUCUUCUCCUAAUGAAUCAACUAACGACCUGUGGAAAGCAACCAGUAACCAUACUAAUAUCCAAUAUGACGCUUAUAACUCUACUAAGGAAGUUCUCAAAGAUUUCCGUUCUGGACACGAAAACAAACUCCUAAACCACUUAACCAGUCAAGGAUCCUUUUUCUGCAGCGUCACGAAGUUCGCUUUACCUCAGCUUAGCAAGGUGUGGUCCGUCGCCCAAUCAAAGCUCCCGAAAAACAUUUACAACUUUACCAUUCGUUACAUUAACAACUCUCUUCCGACGCGCAAAAACCUACACAGAUGGGCAAUAUCUUCAAAUUCAGACUGUUCUUUUUGUCUUAGCCCUGAAACAUUACUACACAUAGUAGCUGGAUGUCAGUUUUAUCUCGACCGAUUUACGUGGAAACACAAUUCAGUCCUGAACUUUCUUGCUCAUCAGUUACAAACUGUUGACGGUUCUACUCUCUACGCCGACCUAAAUGGAUUCAAAAGCCCUUCAAUACUCACUGGUGAUACGUAUCGCCCAGAUUUGUUAUUAUCGUGCUCAAAUGGUUCCUUAUAUGUGGUUGAACUCACCACUGGUUAUGAGACAAACCUCAAAAACAACGUAAAACGGAAGAAGGAUAAAUAUAGAGAACUAUUGAGACAGCUAGGUAAAAAUUUUAACCAAGCUAAAUUUAUAAACCUCUCCAUCAGCUCUUUAGGUAUUUUUGCAGAAGAAUGUUAUACAUUUUUAGACAUGUUAGAUAGUAUUGGUCUUGACAAAAACCACCAAAUGUACUGCGUUAGGAAAAUGAUGACUAUUGCUAUUAGAACUACAUAUUACAUUUUCUGUUGCCGAAAUAAGGAAUGGGAAAAUCCGGAUUUACUAACAAUUUGA